AUGAUAGUCAAUGUCCUACCUACCACAAGGCAACAUGACUCAAGAGGAGCAGAAGAAAGUCACAGAGCCCAAAACCAACGCGUCGGACUCAACACCGCUGUCCACGGAGGAGAAGUCAGACGAUUCCAAACUAUUGUUCUCGUCGUCGCUGCAAAAGAGGCUGCGGAAGAGAAGAAAGAAGGUUCAGUUCACCGAGAUGCUGUUUUGGUAAGGCUCGAGCAAGAUAAGAGGAUCUCUCUCAUCAAAGCUUGGGAAGAGGCCGAGAAAUCCAAAGUGGAGAACAAAGCUCAAAAGAAGCUUUCGUACGUUGGAGCUUGGGAAAACAGCAAGAAAGCUUCUGUGGAAGCUGAGCUAAAAAAGAUCGAGGAGCAACUACUAAAGAAGAAAGCAGAGUACGCAGAGAAAAUGAAAAACAAAAUAGCUCGAAUCCACAAGGAAGCUGAAGAGAAGAGAGCUAUGGCCGAAGCUAAACGCGGAGAAGAUGUUCUCAAAGCCGAAGAAAUGGCCGCAAAGUACCGCGCCACAGGAACCGCUCCAACCAAGCUAUUUGGAUUGUUCUGAAAUCAAUGGAUUGUGAAAUGUUACUUUGUUACUUAGGUGGUGGUUUGGUGUGUGUUUUAAUGUGGCUACAUAGCAAGUUACAAAGUCAUAAUGUAACGUUUUACUGUGUUUUGUUACUCAUUAAUUUGUAAGUUGUACAGCUUUUUCUUGAAAAAGACUUCUUUUGAAAUUUCUUGAUAUACUAAAGUGUUGUACAAUUUUAAU